AUGGACUUGGACGUCAGUGAACCAAUAGACUUUAGUUCUGGAGAUCAUCAGCGUCUGGUUCGGAAAGCAGUAGAUAGUAACGUCCAGACCAAGUCUAGUGCCUCCACAAGUUCACCUUCAUCUGAGCCACAAAGAAAUCAUGGAGAACCACAUGCAAAGACUAGAGAGCCCAUGGAUAGCUAUGUGGUACAGAUUUCAGAGGAUACCACCCCAGGGUUCAGCAAUACUUUAAGCCAUCCGUUCUCAGAUUCAUCAAUCCGCAGAGCUUUCAUUAUAAAAGUGUUCCUGAUCCUGUCGGCUCAGUUGGUGGUCACUGGGGCGAUUAUCAGCGUGUUUAUUUUCUGGAAGGGUUUAAAAGCUUGGGUGCUCAUGAAUGCCUGGUUCACCUAUGCAAUCUUGCCAGCAUUUUUUGGUGUACUUAUUGUAUUUGCUUGUUGUGGGAAUCUCCAGCGUCAGGUGCCUGUGAAUUACAUUCUCCUGGGAGUAUUUACAGUUCUUCAAGGUCUGCUGCUGGGAGCCGUUUCAGUUUUCUGUAAUGCAGAGGAAGUGCUGUGGGCAACAGCAGCGACUGCUCUGGUGACAUUAUCGCUCACUUUAUUUGCUCUUCAAACAAAAUGGGAUUUCACCAUGCUAAAUGGGAUGCUGUUCGUUUUUCUCUUCGUACUGUUCAUCUAUGGAAUUUUCUUCCUCUUCAUACGCUCAUAUUGGUUGCACCUAUUGUAUGCUGGACUUGGAACUGUACUCUUCUCACUUUACUUGGUGAUGGAUGUGCAGCUCAUGGUGGGAGGGCGCCACCAUCACUCUGACCUGCACCCCGAGGAGUAUGUUUUUGCUGCCCUGAACAUCUACUUGGACAUAAUCAACCUUUUCCUUUUUAUUUUGGAACUGAUUGGACUGGCACGGUAG